AUGUUUGCGGUUCAGCCACAUUUACAUCAACAGCCCCGCUCAUCCGGCCCUCUGACCACCUCAUCCUCAUCUACCCCCACCUUCUCGGGUCAGCAAGGCCAGCGCCAGUUGUUAGCGCAGAUGUACCCACAAGCCCGCCCAUGCUAUUCCAAGACUACUACAGGCGUAUGUGCAAAGCAUCUCAAGCAACAGCACCUCAGCCAGCACCGCGACUGCAGCAAGGGCGUCCCAACCACAGACUGCGCCCUCAACGUUACCAGCAGGAAGCCCUGCCAUCCUCACUCAGAUAUCAAACCUGUUGAGUGCGCACCCACACCUGAUGUCGCAGGUUCCAAGUCACAUUGCGGCCCAACUCCGACAACAUCAGCAACAAUCCCAGCAACAGCAACAGCCAGCAAACAGCGGCAACGGUGGGUCGUCUCAACCACCCGCCCUUGCGAGCAGUGGGACGCCUUCGACCAGGGCACCCACCAGCGCGCAACACACGACCAGUGUCACCACCCCGCAACCCGGAGCUUCGAAUCGGCCGCAGUCCUCAUCCAUCACAUCAACACCACCACCGCCAACAACAACACCAAGCUCUUUCUCGUCUUCGGUACCUCAGGACCAGACGCAAGCCCCGCCCUUCUUCCAGCAGCACACGGCGGCGCCGGGCGGACCAUCGCAUUACACGUGUGCAACAAAUCACACCACCCAACAGUCAUUCCUUUCACGUUCAACAGCAUCCCAGCGAUGCUUCAGUCCUCAUUCUUUGGCGUGGCACCGGGGCCACACCCUUCAUACAUGCCGGCGCAGUAUCCAUUUGCAGUUAUGCCCGUUAUGCACGUGCCAAAUCAAGCACAACAGAAAGAGAAGUACACCUGCGAGAAGUGUGGCAAGUGCUUCAGCUGCAGCAGUAACCUCCACCGUCACCGUCGCAUCCACACAGGGCAAAGACCGUUUCUGUGCCAAUACUGCAACUUUGCCUUCAACAACAGCAGCAACAGAAGAAAACAUGAACGGCUGUACUGCAAGAAGCGCCCAACGGCACACAACGAGAUGCACGUGGACGAGACACCGCCGCCAUCCAGCUCUUCAAACGGAACAGGGUCGCCGCAGACUCGGGCAAAUCCUGAAAACUCACCACCACCACCAUCACCACCAACAACAACACCACCAGGCAGAAACAACACGUCCCAAGGUGCGUCUGGAGCUGAAACCAGACCUCGGCGCAAGAAUGCACAGCCCGCGUUUAACGAAGAUGACGACGGGGAUGGUGAUGACGGCUACGAUGGGAGUGGCAACGGCAGUGGCAGUGGUGGUGGCAGUGGUGGCGGUGACGGUGACGGUGGUGGUGAGGAUACAGAUGAGGAGGCACAGCUGCAGCGCAGCACACGGGAUGCCGCCACGACGCUUGUGUCCAUGUGGGAAGGCAGGGCUGAAGGCACACGGAGCUACAAGCACGGCAGAGGUAAUGGACAGCGUCACCGUGGCGGCGGCGGUGGCGGCGGCGACAGCGAUGGUGCGAGGAAUGGCGGUGUCAACAUGACAGCUGAGAGGGAAGAUGGCCCACAUCAUGACAGGGGGGAAAGUGCCGAAAACGGGCGGGAGUCGGGCGCCAGCACGGGCAGCGAACGUAGUGGAGGCAACAAGCUCAAGGUGAGCAAGCAGUCAAAGGUGAAGAAGGUUCGCAGCUCACACAGCUCCGCUUCUCCACCGUCCAUGACUGACGGUAGCGUGCAGAGCAAGACGGCCCAGGCGUGA